CUUCGCACUUCUGACAGUCUUCAGUGUGAACUCGGAGAGCGACACGCGCAAGCUGUGCCCACAACAACAACAGCGGUCCUGGCGACAUGGAGAAAAAGGCGAACGAAGCUCUGCUGUACGCUGCCGAGAGCGGCUGUCUUCGUGGCGUCAAAGCCGCUCUGAAAGCAGGUGCGGACAUUGACUACACCCAGGACAACAAUGUGGUCACCGGCACUGGAACAGCUCUAUUCAUCGCUUCUGUGGAUGGGAAUGUGGGCAUGGUGAAACUGCUACUCAACAAGGGGGCGUCUCUUACGAAAAGGACAUCGGUAUCAUCAUCUGUUCCUCUCCAUGGAGCAGCGAUGCGAGGUCACACAAAAGUGGUGGAAGUGCUGGUCCGUCGCGGUGCCACAGUAGACAUACAGGACGCCUUCCAGAAGACGCCGCUCAUGAUGGCCUGCGUCUUCCAACACGUCGACACUGUACAGCGACUGAUCGAGCUCGGAGCAAGGGUCGACUUGACAGACAGAUGUGGCAUGACAGCUCGGAGAUACUGCGAGGUUGACAUGAUCAGAGAAGAGUGCGACUGCGCGCGGAGAGAGAUGCUGCAACUGAUACUGAGGGCGAUGAAUUCCAAGCUGCUGAGAUGCUGCAACCCUACGUGUGGCAAACCGGGCCUCAGGUCCAAAUUGAAGCUGUGUGGCCAGUGCAAGAUGACUCGGUACUGCAGCCGAGACUGUCAGAAACAACACUGGACUGUCGGACACAAGAAGAGCUGCGGACAUGACGCGUACCGUGAUGCUGGACCAUCCCCCUUCGAAAAAAUGUUCAAGAAGAUGAAAAGGGAAACUUCAACUGCAAUGUGUCCGGUUCCAGGAACACCCACAUACACUGAGGAGAGACAACCCCCCUCCCAAAAAGUGUUCAUUGUAUUGCUUAUGGUUCUUCUGUGGUUCAGUUACUCCUUGUUCGCAGACGAUGACUCAGAACUGGGAGAAGAGGAUUUUGACAGUUGUGUGGAAGUACUAUAUGGAGGAAUUGAGGAAUUAAUGUAAUAUCCGACUAGAUUACAUCAUACGAUCCCCUCCAUGGAUCCACAGUUCCGAUACAUCCACAAAAGCCCAAAACACUUUUUUGUACACUUGUAAAAGAAUGUAAAGGGUACCUACAUAGG